AUGGCUGAAAAUUCACCGAAGCGCAUCAUUGCAACAGCGGGCCUAGCCGCAAAGAUCCUGGUGUUGACGGCGCUUGCCCUUGUCUACUUGGCGGCGGCCGCGGAGGCCCAGGCGGUGCCGACCUGUGGCAUCCAGGUCGGCGGCGCUGUUUGCGGUGACGGCCGCUGCUGCAGCAGGUUCGGCUACUGCGGGUCCGGUCCAGCCUACUGCGGCUUCGGCUGCCAGAGCAACUGUCAUGAGGGUCCUGCGCCCGCACCCACACCCACUCUCGCUGGCGUGGAGCUGGUGAAGGUAGGUGAGCAAUGCGGCAUUCAGGCUGGCGGCGCCAUGUGCGCUAACAACCUCUGUUGCAGUCAAUUCGGUUUCUGCGGGCUCGGCGCCCAGUACUGUGGCGUUGGCUGUCAGAGCAACUGCCAUGGGAGCCCCACCACUGUGGAACCGGUGAAGGCAGUUCAACGGUGCGGCAUCCAGGGCGGUGGUGCCUUAUGUGCCAAUGGCCUCUGCUGCAGCCAGUUCGGCUUCUGCGGGCUCGGCGCCAAGUAUUGUGGCAUUGGCUGCCAGAGCCAGUGCUUGGGGCCAUGA